AUGACCUGGGAGCAGCUUAGGAGGUCCAGUGGGACAGCUAAGAAUAAGGAAACUGGUGCCUUAGCAGCUGCCAAAGUCAUUGAAACAAAGAGUGAAGAUGAACUGGAGGAUUACAUGGUGGAGAUUGAAAUACUGGCCACCUGCGACCACCGGCACAUCGUCAAGCUGCUGGGAGCAUUUUAUUGGGAUGGCAAGCUCUGGAUCAUGAUCGAGUUCUGCCCGGGCGGGGCUGUGGAUGCCACCAUGCUGGAGCUGGACCGGGGCCUGACUGAGCCCCAGAUCCAAGUGAUUUGCCGCCAGAUGUUGGAAGCUCUCCAGUACCUCCACAGCAAGAAGAUCAUCCACCGUGACCUGAAGGCGGGCAAUGUGCUCCUCACCCAGGAUGGGGACAUCAAGCUUGCUGACUUUGGAGUGUCUGCCAAGAACAUGAAAACCUUGCAGAAGCGAGACUCCUUCAUUGGGACCCCUUACUGGAUGGCCCCGGAGGUGGUGAUGUGCGAGACCAUGAAGGACACUCCGUACGACUACAAGGCUGACAUCUGGUCCCUGGGGAUCACGCUAAUCGAAAUGGCCCAGAUUGAGCCCCAGAUUGCCAAGUCUGACCCCCCCACGCUCAGCUGCCCUUCCAAAUGGUCCCUGGAGUUCAGAGACUUCCUGAAGACAGCGCUGGACAAGAACCCGGAGACCCGGCCCAGUGCUGCCCAGCUGCUGGAGCAUCCCUUUGUCAGCAAGGUGACCAGCAACCGGGCCCUGCGUGAGCUGGUGGCCGAGGCCAAGGCUGAGGUGAUGGAAGAGAUCGAGGACAGUCGGGAGGAAGCAGAAGAUGAGGACUCAUCAGAGUCUGCCUCGCCCCCUGGUAAGCACAGGCGGGACCCCUCUGAGGUGAGUCGGCUGAGUUUUGAUGGGGAGAAGCCUCCAGACUCUUCUUUGCCCAAGGCAGUGAAUGGACCUGUGAGGACUGGCAAGGAGACCACAGAUGGACAGAGCAAUAAAGUAUCAGAGGAAAGGAUAAGCAGUGACAAUGACAAACUGGAGAGCAACCACUCCACAAAAACCCUUUCCAGCUCUGCCACCUCAGUGACCCAGGGCAAGCCAGAUAUCAUCUCACAGCCUGGGCAGCUGGGUAACUCAAUGGAGGGGGACAAGCAGCCUGGGUCUGGCAGCAAGGAGCAGAAGAGCAUUGGGGAGCGACCAGAGAGCAGCCACCUGGAGAACUUCACGGAGGAGAAGCUUUCCAAUGGGAGCUUGGAUCCCCCGGCUCCGUUCCUCAGCAGCCGCUCCAAAGGGGAUUCAGAUUCUGGCAGCACUUCGGCCUCUGAAAGCAUGGACCUCACCAUCUCCCUCUCUGCUGACCUGUCCCUCAACAGAGAGAGUGGAUCCAUCUCGCUAAAGGAUUCCCGGAUGCACAAGAAAACACUGAAACGCACCCGCAAGUUUGUGGUGGAUGGAGUAGAAGUGAGUGUCACCACCUCAAAGAUCAUCAGCGAGGAUGAGAAGAAGGAUGAAGAGAUGAGAUUUCUCAGGCGCCAGGAGCUGCGGGAGCUGCGUCUCCUUCAGAAGGAGGAGCACCGGAACCAGGCCCAGCUCAACAGCAAACACCAGCUGCAGCUGGAGCAGAUGCUCAGGCGCUUUGAGCAAGAAAUGACGGCAAAGAAGAAGUUCUAUGACACCGAACUGGAAAACCUGGAGCGGCAGCAGAAACAGCAGAUUGAGAAGAUGGAACAAGACCACUCGCUGCGCCGGCGAGAGGAGGCCAAGCGCAUUCGCCUGGAGCAGGAGAGAGACCAUGUCAAAUUCCUGGAGCAGCUGAAGCAGAUGAAGAAAGAGGUCAAGAACGAGGUUGAGAAGCUGCCACGGCAACAGCGCAAAGGGAACAUGAAGGUGAAGAUGGAUGACUUUGCCCAGAAAAAACAAACCAUGGAACAGGAGUUUUUGGCCAAGCAGAAGGAGGACAUGGAGCUAGCCAUGAAGAACAUAACUGCCCAGAACAAAAGAGAGAUCUGCGACAAGGAACGCGAGUGCCUGAACAAAAAGCAGCAGCUCAUGAGAGACCGGGAGGCAUGUAUCUGGGAUCUUGAAGAGCAUCAGCAACAGGAGAAACACCAGCUUAUUAAGCAGCAGCUAAAGGACCAGUAUUUCCUCCAGAGGCAUGAGUUGCUCCGAAAACAUGAGAAGGAAAGGGAGCAAAUGCAGCGAUACAACCAGCGCAUGUUGGAGCAGCUGAAAAUCCGGCAGCAGCAGGAGAAAGCCCGGCUGCCCAAAAUCCAGCGGAGCGAGGGGAAGACGCGCAUGGCCAUGUACAAGAAGAGCCUUCACAUCCACUCCAGCGGGAGUGCAGCCGAGCAGCGUGAGAAGAUCAAACAGCAGGAAGAGAAGAGGCAAAAAGCAGAGCGGCUGCACCAGCAGCAGAAGCACGAGACGCAGAUGAAGGACAUGCUGGCCCAGUGCGAGAGCAACACGAAUGAGCUCCAGCAGCUGCAGAAUGAAAAAUGCCACCUCUUGAUUGAGCAUGAAACCCAGAAGCUCAAGUCCCUGGAUGAGAACCACAACCAGCACAUGAAGGAGUGGCGGGACAAGCUGAGGCCACGGAAGAAGGCCCUGGAGGAUGAGCUGAACCAGAAGAAGCGUGAGCAGGAGAUGUUCUUCAAGCUGAGUGAGGAGUCAGAUGGACAGACCCCAGCAACCCCAACCAAACAUGCCAAGUUUGUCCCCUUCAGCUCCACAGAGAACUUGUAA